AUGCUUAUGCCUUCAGUUUGCGCCAAUAUCCUCAAGAUAUCCAAAGAGGUUGUCAAGAUCACCGGAGAAGAUUCAAUCAAAAUAUACCUCGACAGCAACACCUUGAGCGGGAGGACGAUCGAGCGACACUUCUGCCGGAAUUGCGGCAGCCCUAUCCAAAAAAUUACGCCCAAGUUUCCGGACAUGACUGACGUGCAGAUGGGCCUAUUUGAUCGAAUCCCAAAGCCCGAGUUUGAAGUCUUUACGGAUCGCAAACAAACUUGGGAACCCGAGAACGAGUGGUCAAUUCCACAACAGUACGAGACGGUGCCAGGAUGGGCGAGCGGAAAUUGA